AUGUUGACACCGCGCGUCCUCAAGCCUUCGCUUCUCCGCCGCCUUUGGGCUGCCGCCGAGCUGCCUCCGCCGUGGCGACUCCGGAUCCUACCUGUGCGGACUUACCGUCCCAGAGGCUAUUCUAGUGGGGGAAGCUCCAAGUAUGAUAGGCCAAUGAGACAGUUUUCUGAACAGAAUGAGUCAACUGCUAGGCCAUUGAUAUAUUACGUUGCUCCUGCUCUACUUGCUUUUGCUGGGAUUGCCACUUUUGUUCAUUACAAUGAUGAGAGGCGUGCAGUUCCCUUAGCUAAAGGACCAGGACAGACUAGUGUUCCCAAAAGAUGUAAUACCAAUAGACCUGCUAUAGGAGGGCCAUUUAAGCUAUAUGAUACAGAAAAAAUUGAGGUGACUGAAUCGAAGCUUCGGGGAAAUUGGACUCUGAUGUACUUUGGCUAUACAUCAUGCCCAGAUGUGGAUCCAGCCGAAGUUCAGAAGAUGGCUGAUGUUGUUAAACUGUUAGAGUCAAAGUAUGGUAUCAAGAUUACACCACUCUUUAUCACAAUUGAUCCUCAACGUGAUUCACCUGCUCAGCUUAAGGCAUACCUUAGUGAGUUUGACCCAAGAAUAGUAGGACUAACAGGCCCCAUCAGUGCAGUAAGACAGAUUGCUCAGGAGUACCGUGUUUUCUUUAAAAGAGUAGAGGAAGUUGGUCAGGACUAUCUUGUAGAAAGCUCUCACAAUAUGUACUUGCUAGAUCCAUACUUGGAGACAGUAAGGUGCUUUGGAACUGAGUAUGAGGCAUCAGACCUUGCUGAGGCGAUAACAACAGAGGUCCAGAAAGCAUCUGCUUCAUCAACAAAUUAG